AUGUGUCAAGAGGUCGUCCAGCAAUGCUGCCAUUGUGGUGACAACAUUGGUAUCUAUGUCACCCCUUGUCACAGCUGGUACGUCGAUGCACAAGUGGCUAACCGCGAGCGACGACAUAUCCCGCCAGCAUGGGACUGUAAGUUUCGUAUGAAACAGUUCCAGCCUAUGCUCACAGGUUGUCCCAAUAAUAACAUCUGCCUCUCGUGGUUUGGAAGCAUCCUCCCAGGUUUUGGGAACGCCCGGAACGAGGGUCCUGAGAUCAAAUUGGCCCGUGAAUUCGUCGCUCAUGAGAAGUUGGAGGAAUGGGAGGAUCAGUUUGCUCGUGAGUAUUUUCAGAAGAAGCCUAUUCCUCCUCGCAAGAAGCCCGAGAGUUUUAUGUUCUUGAUUCGCCAGGAUAUGAUGGGAGACCUUGAAUCCGUCACGUCUUUCGACAGUCUCGAGUCUGCAGAUACCGAUACAGAUACAGACUUUGGAGAAGGGAGUAAUCAAGAUGGCAAUGAAGAUAGUUACGAUGCUGACAGCGAGAACUCAACUCAAGAAAACGAGAUUUUGAACGAUGCCGCCUCCGAGGCCUCUGAGGUUGACCCCGAAGAUCUGUUCUACGGUGAUGUCCCCGACCGUGCCCGCGAUCCUGAACCCAAACUCGUUCGAGAGUACAAGGAGCCGGCCGUCUCUAUCAUGAACUUGUUCUUCUCUAUGAUGGACCUGGGACGUGACGGUGAUUUUGUUGAAUAA